AUGGGCUCCGUCGUCCUCCCCCACCUCGUCACAGGCUGGCACGUCGACCAAGCCAUAAUGUCCGAAGAAGAGCGACUGGUCAUAAUCCGUUUCGGGCGCGACUGGGACCCCGAAUGCAUGCGACAAGACGAAGUCCUUUACCGCAUCGCGGACCGCGUCAAGAACUUUGCCGUAAUCUACGUCUGCGACCUGGACCAAGUCCCGGACUUCAAGCAGAUGUACGAGCUGUACGACCCGGUCACGCUCAUGUUCUUCUUCAGGAACAAGCACAUGAUGUGCGAUUUUGGGACUGGCAAUAACAACAAGCUGAAUUGGGUGCUCGAGGACAAGCAGGAGUUGAUCGAUAUUAUUGAAACGAUUUAUAGGGGCGCGAAGAAGGGGAGGGGGUUGGUGGUUAGUCCGAAGGAUUAUUCGACGAGGUAUCGGUAUUGA